AUGCCUCCUCGACGUGACGCACGCAUGCCGACUAACCAGGCAGAACUACAAGGAAUCAUCGCUGCCGCUAUUGCGCAGUAUGCUGCUUCUCAAGGAGAAACAAGCGGCAACAUUUCGAACAGCAACAACAACCCUCCCAACGGUUGUACCUACAAGCAAUUCCUGGAUUGUAAACCCUUGAACUACGACGGCACUAGGGGUGCUGUUGCUUUCGUUAGGUGGACAGAGAAGACGGAUUCUGUUAUAAGGAUGAGCAAGUGUGCUCUCGAGCACCAAGUUACGUACAUCUCAGGGCUCUUUCUUGACGGUGCCCUAUCUUGGUGGAACCUUCAAGUACAGACUCUGGGGGAAGCAGCGACGUAUGCUAUGACAUGGACUGAGCUGAAGGAGAUCAUGAGGAAGAAAUACUGUUCUCGGGCCGAGAUACAGAAACUGGAAACCGAGUUCUGGCACCUCAAAAUGGACGGCACAAAGAUUGUUGAAUAUGUGCAAAGGUUUCACGACUUGUCACGCGUUGUACCGUAUAUGGUUGAGUCUGAGUUUAAACGCAUUGAGCGUUUCAUCUGGGGAUUGGCACCCCAAAUCAUGAGCAUGGUAACGACGUCCAAACCCCCAACGAUUACCGAAGCCAUUGAUCUCAGUGUGGCACUUACAGAGGAAGCCAUCAGAUUGAACAAAUUUUCAAUCUUUGAACCGAAAAAGAAGGAAAAACAUGUUGAAUCGUCGCCAAGUGAGAACAAGAGGAAGUUCUCAAAUUUUAAAAAGGGCACCAGCAGUGUUAACAAGAGGGAAGAAGGAAGUGCACCAGCCAGGUCCGGAACUGGUGCCGAAAACAGAGGAAGAGGAUACAUGGGCACUCUGCCCAAGUGUAGUACAUGUCAGUUCCAUCAUCCCGGCCCGUGCCGACUCAGAAAGUGUGAAUCUUGCGGGAAGACAGGCCAUUCGAAGGAGACGUGUUGGGUUGGAUCAGGCCAAGGUGGCCAAAGGGGUUACAACAACAACAACAACCGCGGUAAUGGAAACAGACCGCAAGGAAAUAAUGGGGGAAGCGGAAAUCGUGGGAAUGCCCCGAAUCAAGCUGAUACUAUUCUCGAUCUCUCCCCACACCAUACCAACAUGUUCACACUUGUCUUAUUUUACAUCACCCUAUCCUUUCUUCUUACAACAAUCCUACACCAUAAACUCCGGCACACCAUCCACACCACACCACCAACUUACGCCGUCAUCGGCUGCCUGAUCGCCUUCUACAACAACCGCCACCGUCUCCUAUCAUGGUACACCGAUCUCCUCUCGUCCUCACCAACUCAAACCAUCGUCAUACAACGCCUAGGUGCUCCUAAAACCAUCAUCACAGCCAACCCACAAAAUGUAGAACACAUGCUCAAAACAAACUUCAUUAACUUCCCCAAAGGCAAACCUUUUACCGACAUUCUUAACGACUUUUUAGGGUUUGGGAUAUUCAACGUUGACGGAGAGUUAUGGCAUGCUCAGCGCAAGUUAGCAAGCCACCAGUUUACUUCAAGAUUGUUAAAAGAACACAUGGAAGUUAAUGUUAAAGAAGCUGUGAAAUCUAAGCUGCUUCCGUUACUAGAUUCGUUCUGUCUAAAUGUAAAACAAACAACUACAUGUCAAGUUCCAAAACACGACUCGAAAACAAAUACGGUGGUGGAUUUACAAGAGGUGUUGAGAAGGUUAGGGUUUGAUGUUGUGUGUAAACUCACAUUAGGGUUUGAUCCAAACUGUUUGGUGGAUCAUCAACAUUGUUUUUCUGAUAAAGUGCCGAUUUUAAAAGCGUUCGAUACCGCGGGGGAGAUAAGCGCGAAACGGGCCGCGUUGCCGAUCGCGGCCGUGUGGAAGUUGAAGAAAAUGUUGCGGGUCGGGUCGGAGAAAGUGUUGAGAGAGUCCGUUAAUGAGGUGCAUGAAUAUGUUAUGGAAAUAAUUCAUGAACGUAAGAAAAAUAUUAUUAUUAAUAAAGUCUAUAAAAAUCAAGAUUUAUUAAGCAAGUUGAUAAAGGAAGGUGUGUGUGAAGAGUUAAUCAGGGAUAUGAUGAUAAGUUUCAUUAUGGCCGGAAGAGAUACCACGUCGGCGGCGAUGACGUGGCUGUUUUAUGCACUUUCUAAGAAUUCACACGUGGAGGAAAACCUUGUAAAUGAAAUAUGUUCAAAAUUUAAGGAUGAUGAGUUUGAUGAUUUUAAGGAAAUGAAGUACUUACAAGCAUGUCUUUGUGAAACCAUGAGGUUAUACCCACCGGUUUCAUGGGACUCAAAGCAUGCGUUAAACGACGACGUGUUACCGGAUGGGACGCGGGUUCAAGCCGGUGAUCGAGUGACUUAUUUUCCCUACGGUAUGGGAAGGAUGGAGAGUAUAUGGGGACCGGACCGGCUAGAGUUUAAACCGGACCGGUGGCUAGAUAGUAAACUGGGGGAAAGUGGUGGUUUGAAGGAGGUGUCGGCUUACAAGUAUCCGGUUUUUCAUGCUGGUCCGAGAGUGUGUCUUGGUAAGGGGAUGGCUAAUGUGCAAAUGAGUUAUGUGGUGGGUUCGAUAGUGAAACGGUUCGAGAUUAGACAAGUGGGGUCGGGUGAGGGGGUGUAUGUGCCGUCGUUGACGGCUCAAAUGGAUGGUGGGUUCAAGGUUGUGGUUCGAAGGAGACCAGAAUGAGGUGUUGACACUUGUUAAGAUGUCUUCUUCUUGCAGAUCGACUACAGAGGUUUAGCUCACCUAUUCUGUUACAGAUGUUUGCAGAUGUGGCGUUUACCUAUGUAAAAACAAAGAGCACGUAACAAUUGACAUGAAAGUACAACUUGUAUUGAUUUUGUCUUCUGUUACUAACCUUUAUUGGUUUUGGUCCAUUUGGGUGGAUGGGAUGAUAUGAUGGUGGAGCCGUGGAGGGAGUCACAUGACUCACGUGAAUAUAUACAGUAUAUUUGUUACUUUCUUUUUUCUUUCCAUUUUUGUACAUUGAGAUUUCCCAAUCUCAUAUUCUUCUUGUUAUGUAGUAUCGUUAUGUUCUUUUCAAUAUUAUUAUGGUAUUUUUGUCUA